AUGGCUUCCUACACCACUACCCGCACCUCCAGCUCCAGCUCCAACUCUAGCAGCUCUACCUUCAGCUCGCCCACACUCUCGCCCACACCCACAUACUCAUCACCAACCCCCCACGACCCGACUGCACGCCGCCUAUCCCUCACGAUCCAAAACCAGCACAUCCCCUGCACCGAGCGCGAAGCCCAACUCCUCUCGCUCCUCGGCUUCGCGCCCUCGGAUCCCAAGACAGGGUUGCGCGCGCGGUGCAUGGCGGGGUUGGGAUGA